AUCUAAAGGUACCUAUUGUUGCUCGCAUGAAUUGAAAUCAGUCUAAAUCGUUAGCUGGAACGAAGUAGAAGUAUUUUAAUAGAAAGAAAUUUUUAAGGAAAAAAUCAUAGAGUAUCAGUUUUUUGUAUAAAACUUUUUCUUUACUUUACAUUACUUUAUUCAAAAAUUUGCCAGUGAAAAAGUUCAGAACAUUUUUAGAAACAUUUGUACGCGUAAAUCAUGAAUUCUUUAAAUUUAUCCAGUCAGGAGAGUAGUGUUCUCGAUGCGUCGCUUAAGGUCACGGAAUCGAAGGCACUGGAAAUCGGUUUUAAGACAUUUCUUAAUCAAUACAAGAAUAUUGUCAGUGAUCAUUUGUCCGAAGCGGAGGUCUUGGAGAAAGCUAAAAAUCAGUGGUCUAUAUUGACGAAGGAGCAACAGCUGAGAUUAUUUCCGUUAAAACGGAAUGAGGGCUUGAGUCCGAGUUCGGUAAUCAGUGGGCAGCUGUUGGAAGGACCCGCACCGACAACAGCAAUGAUGCGUGACAGUGAUACGGCCUUUACCAACUUCAUGGAGACUUUCACAAUUAAACUUUCGCAGAAAGCUGCGAAGAAAUGGGAGGAAAUGUCUCAGCGUGAGCGAGAUGCGUAUGCUGUUAAAGACGAUCUCUGUAGCUCAUACAGUGUCUCAUCGUGCGCCAAGGACUGCGAGCAGGGAGGUGACCCGCUACCAACCCGACUUUUAAGUGAUGUGUUUGGGUCCGUCAGCGCAGACUGUGACAAAAUGAAACGUAGGGCUAAAAAAUCAAAGCAUGCCAAGAAAUGCCGAAAACCAAAACCUAAAUGCAGCAGGCCAAAACCGAAAUGCAGCAGGCCAAAACCGAAAUGCAGCAAGCCAAAACCGAAAUGCAGCCGGCCGAAACCAAAGUGCCGCAAGCCAAAACCAAAAUGCAUGCUGGCUAACUAAAAACUAGCAUCAUUCUCCAACCUCGUCUUGACCUUGUUUCGGCCAUACCUUCAGUAGACAAUUCCGGAUCUCUAAAUAAACAACAUUCUAAAUUAAAUCUGUGUUGCAUGAGGAUUUCAUUUGAAUUUUCGAUAGAUUUGCUUCACUAUGCCGGUUUGGUGCUCAGUCUUUUCUUUAAAUUCACCCGCAAAAUUCCAUUUGUGUGACCAGUGCGGCCAGCCUAAUGGCUAUAAAAAUACACCAGUAGGAAUUCAGAGGGACCAAAAAUAUAUAAAAAUAUCGGACAAUCGAUAUUUGGGCAAACAAAAUAUCGCGAUAUAUUUAUUUAUAUUUUGAUAUAUUUUCAACGAGUUGAAUCAAAACAUGAACGACGACGACCCAGUUGUGGAGGAGAUACCAGUGUUCCUGUCGAAGAACCUGCAGGACAGCCUGUAUCUCUUCCAAUACCCUACGAAAACGGAGCUGCCAAACCACGAUGGAUCCGUGGUGGUAAACUGCUGCGUUAAACCCUUCGCCCAGGAAGUGAAGGUGGACUUCGGCCUGGACAUCGAGUCCACGCACUUUGAUCGGUUUAAGGGAGAGCAAUUCGCGGUGGCCGCCGAUGGCAAGAACACGUACGGAAGCGCGCCGCCAAAGGGUCAGGAGCGACCCACCUAUAAGCGUGGCAUUAUGGACAAGCAGGCCUUUGUCAGCAGCCGAUCCAUCACCGAUGUUGGCAAGUACAUUGUGGGCACCUACACCGAUCGGGAGGUCCACCUGUCGCCGCUUACCUCCAUUGUUCAGCUGCGGCCGGCUCUCAGCCAUUUCGACAAGGAGGACAAACGUAAGAAGGCGGAACAGAAGGCCCAGGCAGAAGACGCAGACGACGAUGAGGUGCUGCAGCAGGUUACGGUGAAGUUUGCCCGCGGGAAUUCAAAAUCAAGCGGAAAGGAGCUGCGCGCCGGCACCUACGAUGGAUUCGUGCAGCGGAUCGCAGACGAGCCGUGGUGCGAGGCUUAUUGGCAUGCGAGGGGAACGCCAACAGCCGAGUUGGAGCGCCAGAAGCUGUUCGCCACCAGUCACCAGAGCAAUCAGUCGCUAUCCCUUGGUCCCUCCGACUAUCUCCGCCGCCUACUACCCUAUGACGAGCAUGUACAGCCGGUGGACACAGCACCCGCUGAUGGAGCAAGCACAGCAGCGCAAGUACUGCCCGUCUACAACAAGGCCAUGUUGCGCACGAUGCCGCUGCUGGAGCAGCUGAGGGUGCUCCUGCGUGAUGCCAGAAUGCUGUCCUUUGCCGAUGUCAUUGAGAUACUCACCGAGCACGUGGAUCCGCAUGUGUCGUCGGAGAAAGUACUGGCCCUGCUUCCCCAUGUGGGCAUCCUGCUGCACGGCAACUGGGUGCCACGCUCCGAGGUGGUCUUUCCGGAACGAAUGCUAUCCCACGCCAACGGUGUGCCCGCCGAGCAGAUGAUUCGCGCCAGGGAUUAUAUACUUUUUCGGUUCUCCCGCACUGCUGGGCUGUUUCGCGCACAGGUGAUGGCCGCCACCCAGCUGCCGCCGGCGGAAACACUGGACGUGCUGCGGACGGUGGCUCGUGUGAAUAAUGCGAAACGGUGGGAGCUGCUACUGCCACCGGACAAGGAGUUCGAGCAGAAGCAUCCGGAGUUGGUGCAACGCCAGGAGUACCAUUGGCUUGCCUCUGAGCAGCACUACAAUGAGAUGGACUGGGCUCGAGAGACGAAGCGCGUGAGGAAGCGGUCGACGCGUAAGAGCGAGUCCCAGUCAACGUCCAUGCAACCGCCGCCACCCGCCCUGAAUCCUCCAGCAGCUACGGAAGCGUAGCAUCCGAUGACCUUCAAAUGGUGGAGACGGCGACGUAGUGGAAGUCUUAUACAUUUAGGCACUAAUAAAACACAGACAAGCAUGUUUAUUAUGUUACCAGCA